AGCUCCUUCUCAGCCAAUCAGAGCCCUUCUAGAUUUAUGGUAGCUGUAAGGGGCACGGGGCCAGCGCGUCUAGCCAGCUCGAAGUGCCACGACUUCACAGCAGACCACGGAUCCAGCGGAGUGAGGGGGGGAGAGCGCCGUUAGAGGAAAAAAAAGAAUAAGAUUCAAGUUAGCUGGACUAUAGAGGGAGCUUUCCACAGAAGUCACAUCAUCUCCAACCCAGAGCCUGUUCUUUGCCCUCAACCAGUACCUUUUUGAAGCAAGCAGCUGUAUCUUUACUAGGAGCAGCAGCGCAGUUUACUGAAAUCAAAAGAUGGACAUCUACGACCCCCAGACUCUUGGGAUUAUGGUAUUUGGUGGUUUCAUGGUGAUCUCUGCUGUAGGGAUCGCCCUUGUUUCCACCUUCUCCAUGAAGGAAACCUCUUAUGAGGAGGCCCUCGCUAAACAACGCAAAGAGUUGGGUAAAAUACAGUCAGUUCGCUCGGAGAAAAAGAAAAAGGACAAAGUAGCCGAGAAGAAGAGCCGUGGGAAGAAAAAGGAGGAAAAGCCAAAUGGAAAAAUCCCGGAACAGGAGAAGGCUGAAGAAGCUGCUGACUCUGAAGAUGAAGCAGCCAUUGAGCCUGCUGCUGCUGCUGCUGCUGCUCCAGCUGUAUCUGCUCCAGCUGUAUCUGCUGUUCCUGCCCCUGAGCCUGCUCUAGUCCUCGAAGUUAAACCGUCUGCAGCCCCAGUGGCUGCGGAGACACAACCCCGAACUGCUGCUGAGCCGUCGCCUGUGCCCUCGCCUAAGGACAAAAAGAAGAAGAAGGUGGCGAAGGUUGAGCCAGCCUCAACUCAGCAAGCCCCAAUGGUGUCUGCUGCAGUGCCAGUAAAGUCCUCAGCAGCCUCUCCUGCAACCCAGCCUCCCCCGGCUGUGCAGAGCAAAGCAGCUGCCUCGUCCUCUGCACCGCCUUCAACCAAGUCUGCUUCUGGAUCUUCGAAAUCCACUCCUGCAUCCGCUUCGGCUCCUCCGUCAACCAAACCUGCCUCUGUCUCUGCUCCUGCCCCUGCGUCAGCUAAAUCCACCAAUGUCCAAGCUAAAUCCACCAAUGUCCAGGCUAAAUCUUCGAACCCCACACCAAACAAAUCUGCCCCGGCACCAAGCAAGUCCGCUACAGCCCCAGCCAAGUCGGCAGCAGCUCCAUCCAAGGUUGCCCCAGUGCUGGAGGUGGUCACCAAAGAUGUCCCAGUAAUGGCCGUGCCUCCAGUGGGGUCUCAGCAGGCUCCUGCUCCAGCCAAAGCACAAGAACCCAAAAAGAAGGCUUCCAAGAAGAAGUCUGAGCCCGCUGUAGCGGCGGCGGUGGUCGACUCUGCUGAUGCUCCGCUCUACCUGCCCUAUAAAUCUCUGGUUUCCACCAUCAGCAGCAUGGUGUUCAGUGAGGGGGAGGCGCACGGGCUCAUCGAGAUCCUCUCUGAGAAAGUCGGCAUCAUCCAGGAUACCUGGCACACGGCCACUCAGAAGGGAGAUCCGGUCGCCAUGCUGAAGAAGCAGCUGGAGGAGAGAGAGAAGCAGCUGGCAGCAGAGCAGGAAGAUGCUUUUGCAGCUAAGAAUCGUCUUCGAGAAAUGACCAAGGAGUUGUCGGCGGAGAAAUCCAAGGUGGCCAGCGUGGAGACGCGGCUCAGCUCUCAGCUGAGCAAGAGGGAGCAAGAAAUGAUCGCUCUGCAAGCGCGCAUGCAGGCCAGUUACCAGGACCAUGUAGCCCAGACCCAGAGGCUCAAUGCAAAGAUCCUGAGCCUGCAGGACCAGCUGGAAAAAGGUCCUAAUGCCCAACUUGCUCGUCUGCAGCAGGAAAAUUCAAUCCUCCGCGAUGCUCUAAACCAGGCAACUAGUCAAGCUGAGAGCAAACAAAAUGCAGAGCUGGCCAAGCUGCGUCAGGAAUGUGCAAAGCUAACCAAAGAGCUCGGAGAGAAGACGGAAAGUCUCCUUGCUGAUGAGCACGUCAGGAAAGGGCUGGAGUCCAAGCUCUCUGCUGUAGAGAAGCAGCUCUCACUGCUGCAGGCGAGCCGUGCAGAAAGUGAGCAGGCAUUGCAGAAGCGACUGGAGGAGGUGAGCGAGGAGCUCAGGACGACGCAGAGCAGAAACAGCAGCCUGCAGGCCACUCUGGAGCAGAGCCAGCAGGACAGCGGCGCGGUGUCAGAGUACCAAGUGCGCGUAGAGAGGUUGGAGGCAGAGGUCAAGGAGCGUUCUGGUCAGGUGGAGACCCUCACUGCCCAGCUCGGGGAGACGCAGGUGGAGAAGAGCCAGCUCACACAGCAGCUGGCCUCCAUCAACUCACUGCUGGAGGCUAGUCAGAGCAAACAGGAUGAGGAUGGCAAGCAGCAGGUCAAGCCAGAAGAACUGGAACAUCUAAAGCUCAGCCUUCAAGAAAAGGACAGCCAGCUGAGUUCAUUUCAUGAAGAACUGAAGCAGCUGCAGAUAAAGCAGGAAGCUGCAAUCCUGCUGGCGAGGCUCAAAUUAACUGAUGCUGAUCUGUUUAGUGAGGAUGCCAGCCUCGUCAGCUCACUUCAGAAAGAACUCAAAAACCUCAAAGAAGAGAUGGUGCAAGUUGAAAACGCAAAAUCGGACAGUUCAGCAAAGGUCACACAACUGCAGAACAGUCUGUCUGAGAAGGAUUCCCUUGUUACAUCACUGCAAGAGGAGUUGAGGGAAGCAAAAGCUGCCACAGAUGCUAAUGGUGUCGCUCUUCAGAACGAAGCCAAAGAAGCUCUUCAGUCGCUCUUCCCACAGAUUCCAGUGGAGACAGAGCAGCCCAACUGGUUAAAAGCAUUUACACAGAAAGCUCAGGAGGCCCUUAGCCAGCAGAGUAAGGAGUCUCAUUCAAGCACAGCAUCGCCAGAGUUGCUGGAGAAACUGAAGGAAUCAGAGGAGAGCUACAGUUCCCUUCAGGCUGAAUGUGACCAGUACAGGACGGUCCUGGCUGAAACUGAAGGAAUGCUGAAGGAUCUGCAGAAAAGCGUGGAAGAGGAGGAGCUGGUUUGGAAGUCAAAGAUGGCAAACUCAGAAGAACAGCUGAAGGAGGCUUUGCAGAAAGUCAGCAAGCUGGAAGCAGAAAACCAAAGUGUAGAACAGCUGAAGGAACAAGUGAUGCUUCUGGAAGCUCAGCUUGAAAAGCAAUCAGACAACCUAAUGACCUCAGAGGAAGUGGAGCAGCUGAAGCUGCAGCUGUCACACUGCCAGAACCAGUUGGACUUGGCCCAGAAGGAUGUCCGGGCACACAAGGAGGAGCUCCAACAGGUCAGAGCACAGCUGGGCGAGAUCACGAAGCGGACUCAGGGAGAGCAGAACGGCCCGGCUGAGGCCGAACCCAGUCAGGUUCAGAACGAGUUGAACCAGACGACGGAGAAGCUGCGCGGAGAGGAGACUCGGAGGCAGCAGCUCCUGGAGGAAUUCGAGCAGGCCCAGAAGACUGUGGGGGAACUCCAGGCCCAGCUGGAUCUUUUAAAAGUUUCUGCAGACGCGCCGCAAUCUGACACAGAAGACGUAGCUCAGCUCAAGGAGCGUCUUGAGAAGGAGAAGAAGCUGUCCAAAGACCUUGGCCAAGCAGCCACUAAGCUCCAGCAGCUUCUUAAAGCCACUCAGGAGCAGCUGACCAAAGAGAGAGAGACUGUGAGAACACUACAGGAACACCUGGAGGUCAAGGGGGAAUUUGUGGAACUGAAGGAAGGAACAUCUGUCUGAGUUGAAGCUCACCAGGAACGCUACAAUAAAACCGCCAAAUAUGCCUUAUAAUUACCUAGUUAUGCAUUCCAAAUUUAUUCUUUCUUGUACUGUAGUUGUUUGCAUUUCGUUGCAACUUUUAGGGAUCAAAUAUUUUUGUGUAAUGAAUAUUUCAAAGCAAGAUUAGAGGAGAGUAUCCUGCUGCAGUCUUUACUGAAGCCCACAUUCCAUCUACGACUCUGACUAUGUCAGAAGUUAUUUAUCCCUUUGCCUUAUAGUCCAAACAUUUCCCCCAUAGUUCAGUGUUAAAAAGGGAAUGUGAAUGCACGUCAGACGUGCUUCAAUCUGUGCAAUUACUUUGUAUGUCUUUUCUAUGUGGUUGAAUGAUGGGAACACUUUAUGGUUCUUUGUAGAGCCUGCUUUUCCUCUGCAGCUGGCUGACAAACACAUCAGAUUUGUAUGAAUGAAUAAACUACAGUUGAGCACUA